GGCGGUGUCUGAGAAAAACGCGCCAGAAACAUUCCUAAGAUUCCUGACCCUGAAAUCAAACAAGAUGUGCAGCCCUAGACAGCAGGGUGAACGUCAGCUUCCAGAGAGCAGCCGCCUAUAAAAGGCAGGGUCGUGCGGACGGUCUCUACACAAAGCAGCUAGCAACACACACAGAGAGACAGAGUGCGAGCCGGGCUCAGAGACACCCAGGGACAAGCCAGGAGGAAGGAGAGGAAACCCACACGCACAAACAGGGACAAGAGAGCCACAGCAACUUGUGUCUGCUCAGAAAGACCUUCGAGACCUCCUCUCCCUAAAAUGUUCCACUCUCCAGCAUUCGCUGUCUUCCUUAUCCUCUGCCUUGCUGAGGUGACGUUAACCUGCCCACUGAAGUGCCAGUGCCCCCAGGAGGUGCCCAGCUGUGCCCCAGGAGUCAGCCUGACCCUGGACAGCUGUGGAUGCUGCCGAGUUUGUACCAAGCAGCUCAAUGAGGAUUGCAGCAAGCUGCAGCCUUGCGAUCACACCAAGGGCUUACAGUGCAACUUUGGAGCAAGCCCCAUCGCUCAGCAGGGCAUCUGCAGAGCGAGGUCCGAGGGCAGACCUUGUGAGUACAACAGUAAAAUCUAUCAGAAUGGGGAGAUCUUUCAGCCAAAUUGCAAGCACCAGUGUACCUGCAUCGAUGGAGCUGUCGGCUGUGCUCCACUGUGCCCACAGGAGCUCUCCCUGCCCAAUGUGGGCUGCCCUAACCCACGGCUGGUUAAGGUGCCAGGCCAGUGCUGUGAGGAAUGGGUCUGUGAUGGGAACAAGGUGGGAUCGGAGGCCGGGGACACAGACGACCUCUUCAGCCAAGAAACGGUGAUGAAGCCUUGGCAAGGUGGACCACUCCACAACAACGAGCUACUCUCCCUCAUCCGAGGAGGCCUCAAAAGACUACCCGCCUGGAGUCCCAAAUGCUUUGUCCAGACAACAGAAUGGUCCCAGUGUUCCAGGACCUGUGGGACAGGCAUCUCCACAAGGGUCACCAAUGACAACCCUGACUGUAAGCUUCGAAAGGAGACCAGGCUCUGUGACAUUCGUCCCUGCAAACAGACCACCUUUCCCAGCCUGAAAAAAGGAAAGAAGUGCUACAGGACCAAGAAAUCCACCACCGCUGUCCACUUCAGCUAUGCUGGUUGUGCCAGUGUGAAGCGAUAUCGUACCAAACACUGUGGUUCGUGUGUCGAUGGACGCUGUUGUACUCCCCAGCAGACCCGGACGGUCCGUGUUCGCUUCCGUUGCGAUGAUGGGGAGACCUUCACCAAGAACAUGAUGAUGAUUCAGUCCUGUCGAUGCCAUUACAACUGCGCCCACCACAACGAAGCGUCCAAUCCUUACGUCAUGUUGCACAACGACAUUCACAAAUUUCUAGAUUGACAAACUGUGUAGCGAGUGCAGAGACGGGAAGAAUGGAUUGUCAUCAUGAAUUCGGGGAAAAAGGGACGCAGCCAAAAGGCAGAAGGCCGCUCGGCUCUUAAAGCCACGAGGUGGAGAUGCCGGUGUUGGACUGGGAUGGACAAAGUCAGAAACCACACCAGACCAGGCUGCUCCGAAAGCUUGUGGUUUCAAAUAAACCUGUUGGACUAUAACCUGGUGCCGUGUGACUUCUGACUCUGACCAGCUCUUAAAACAGCAGCCUUUAUGGAAUAAUAAUUCUUCCUUUCACUUUAAAAGAGAGAGGUUUUGUCACGGUUAUGGGAAUAACCAGCACAACUUAAGAUUUGCACUGGCUCCAGGUUAGAUUUUCCCCAACUAAUUGCCAUAUCAGUUCCAACAUAUCAUUGGAGAAUGUGACAAGGGUUUCCUUUUUUGUUUUGAAGGGGCUGUUGUGUAGGUUUCUAAAUUUUGUCACAUCAUGCUGGCAGCAACAUGGAAAGGGAUGGGAGGGCAUGGGCAUAGAUUUUUGCUGUUAUACUGUAGCUAUACCUACAUGCACUGUGCAGCACUGCCCUUGUGGCAGCUAAAGACUGAGGGAAAGAGUCAACCCUCAAAGUUAAUUGAAAGCUUCAAUUUGUUGGAGCAAGGAGAUAGCUUCAUUUUGGAGCAUAGAUUUUGCUGGCUUUUGUUCUGUUUGUAA